GCGAAGCCCGGAGACCCCCCCUCCCCCAACCCGCCCUGCAAUUUGCUCUCUUUCUCUUCCCUCUCCUCCACUCGCCCGCCCGCACGCGCCCCGACCUACCUACCCUACCCGAGCAAGAGGAGGCUCCGCCUUCGUCGUCGUCGUCGUCAGGCUACGCCGGCUGCGGCGGUGAUGGCAAUGGAGGCGGUGGCGGAGAGGAGCGCCGGGGCGGGAGCGGCUGGGGGCGUGGCGCCGGAGAGCGGCGGCGGCGGUGGUGGGGAGAGACGGUCUAGGUUCAGGCGGAUCUGCGUGUACUGCGGGAGCGCCAAGGGGAGGAAGGCGAGCUACCAGGACGCCGCCGUCGAGCUCGGCAAGGAGCUGGUUGAGAGGGGCAUAGACCUGGUCUACGGUGGUGGCUCCAUCGGCCUCAUGGGUCUCGUCUCCCAUGCAGUUCAUGACGGAGGCCGCCAUGUCAUUGGGGUCAUCCCGAAAUCCUUGAUGCCAAGAGAGGUAACUGGGGAGCCUGUUGGUGAAGUUAGAGCAGUCUCUGGCAUGCACGAGAGGAAGGCUGAAAUGGCUCGGUUUGCUGAUGCUUUCAUUGCACUGCCCGGCGGCUACGGGACUCUUGAGGAGUUGCUUGAGGUCAUCACCUGGGCCCAACUAGGAAUCCACAAGAAGCCGGUUGGCCUGCUAAAUGUCGACGGAUUUUACGAUCCUUUUCUAUCCUUCAUCGACAUGGCGGUCAGCGAAGGAUUCAUAACCGAGGAUGCGCGGCGCAUUAUCAUUUCGGCUCCUACUGCCAGGGAGCUGGUCCUGAAGCUUGAGGAGUAUGUUCCCGAGUACGAGGUCGGCUUGGUCUGGGACGAUCAGAUGCCACACAGCUUCGCCCCUGACCUUGAGACCAGGAUCACAUCUUCCUGAUCUUUCGGCCAUUCUUACCCCCAAGAUUCUAACCGGUGGACGACGAUGCCUUCUUCUCGUGCCGAAACCGAAUAUGAUCCUGGAAGUUUGUUUUCUCAGCCAGGGGAAAGUAACAUCUAACCGAGAUCCUUAGCCAAAGGCCGGCCCCUAGCUUGGGUCUGCCGAUUUGUUGUUUUUGGCAAAAUUGUCCAUGGGACACACUAUUAGCAGUGUCAUGUUGUUCUUUUGGCCCUCUUCACUAGCUAGAAGAAGGAAUAUGUAUAUGCAAGUAAUGUUAGCAGCAGCAGCAUCUGUCCAUCUUCUUCUCCA